AUGCAUUCAACAAAAAACAGCAUUGAAAUAUUGUCUUUUGAUGGUGGAGGAAGUCGAGGUGUGAUGGCAUUGAAGAUUCUCGACGACGUUUUUCGAUUAGCAACGAUUGUGUUGAGAAAUCCUGAAACAGUAGAGUAUCUUGUAAACGAAGAAAGUAAGGAACAGAAGAAGCAUUUCUUGGAAGAUCUUGACUCUCGAAAACGUCUGAUCAAGAAUCUGAAAGCAGUCAAAGAUCCCAUUCAUCCUGCACAUGUAUACGAUAUGAUAGUUGGUACCAGCAUAGGAGGUUUGAUCUCGUUUGGUUUGGUUGGGGGGAAAAGAGUUGGAAAAGAUCAUCAUGAAAGAAAAGCAAUGACUAUUACGGAAUGUAUUGAAAUGUAUCUUACAAAAGCCAAGAUCAUUUUUAAGAAAACAUGGAUAAUUAGGUUUUUUUAUUUUAUAUCAAAGUUUUUAAAAAUUCCUCUUAUACCAUAUCCACAAGCCAACAUAAAGAAAAUGUUAAAGGAUCAGUUUGGUGAUUGUUACUUAAAUGAUUUUAGAAAAAAUAAUGAUUCAAGUAGUGUUGUUGGGGCUGUUGCCAAAAAAGUUGAUCCACACGAAGAUAUUGUACUCUUUGAUACAGCAAAUGAAGACCAAAAAAAUUACAAAGCCUACGAAAUCUUGCUCGCAACCUCCAAUGCUCCAGUUUACUUUGAGACUCCAGUUACAAUUGGCGAUUCUAAAUAUAUUGAUGGUGGUAUAGGUGCAAAUUGUCCGUUAAAACAAGCAAUUCCACGAGCAAAAGAAAUUUUUGAAGAAGAUGAUGAACACAAAAAACUAGUUUCAGUUUUAUCAAUUGCACACCAUCUUCCAAAUUAA